ACCCUCACACACAUAGACACACUCUCUCUCCUUUACUCAAAUCUCUGCAUUUUCAUAGCUAAUCGUCCCAUUGAAUCGCAUCCAUCAACACUUACACGACGAUAUUUCCCUUACUUUCCCUCAUUUUCCUAUAUUUUCUCUUCUUCCAAUCAACACUUCUUCUCAAAAGAGAAAGACCGAAAGGGAAAAUAUUGUUUUAAUUUGUAAAGAUCUAGGGUUGCCAGCUCCCUAAAGCUUCAAAUCUUAGUUUCUUGAUCUUUUUUUUUUUUAUUAAUAUAUUAAAUUCCUAUUUAUUUAUGCUCUGUAGCAAUUGAAAAGUGAAAAUUUAGAGCGGUUUGUUUUAGAAUCUAGGACUGGCGAUCUAUAUGUUUGGCUUGAUUCGAUUUGAUAUAAAUUAUGGAUACGAGCCCUGUUGCUGUUGCCGAUGUCACGAUGCUGGAUGCGGAGUUGUUGCAGCUACCGGAGGUGGCUCCUUUGGCUUUCAAAUCGUACCCGGACUUUGCACAAAAGCUCUUCGAGCAGUGGCUCGCGCUUCCUGAUGCUAAUCGGCUGGUGACAUCAUUGCUUAAUGAUGCAAAGGCAGGUGCUCCCUUGAAUGUCUCUGGCAACUCUUCUAAUGCAACUACUACCACAAGUAGUUCUUUGCCCUCCAUGUUUCCUGGAGGAAGCACUCCUCCUCUUUCUCCCAGGAGUACAUCUGGUUCCCCUCGUAUAACAAAACAGAGGGCUGGCCCUUCUAAUUUAGGUUCUCCUCUAAAAGUAGUUAGCGAGCCAAUUAAGGAGUUGAUACCUCAGUUUUACUUUCAAAAUGGCCGCCCACCGCCAAAUGAACUAAAAGAGCAAUGUUUGUUUCGGAUUAAUCACUUUUUCUAUGGUCGCACAGAUGGGCUGCAGAUACAUGAAUUCAAAUCUGUCACUAAGGAGAUUUGCAAACUGCCCUCAUUCUUCUCCUCAACUCUUUUCAGAAGGAUUGAUGUUAAUGCUACUGGUUUUGUGACAAGGGAUGCCUUUGUCAAUUAUUGGCUAAAUGGCAAUAUGCUGACGAUGGAUAUGGCAACCCAAAUAUUUAAAAUUCUAAAGCAACCGGACCUCAAAUACCUCAUUCAGGAAGACUUCAAACCUGUACUUCGAGAAUUAUUAGCUACUCAUCCUGGAUUAGAGUUCUUACAGAGCACACCUGAGUUUCAGGAAAGAUAUGCUGAAACUGUGAUAUACAGAAUAUUUUACUCCAUUAAUAGAUCUGGGAAUGGUCAUCUUACCCUCAGGGAGUUGAAACGUGGAAACUUGAUUGAUGCAAUGCAGCAUGCAGAUGAAGAAGAAGACAUAAAUAAAGUUUUGAGGUACUUCUCUUAUGAACACUUUUACGUAAUAUACUGCAAGUUCUGGGAGCUGGACACUGAUCACGACUUUCUGAUUGAUAAAGAGAACCUGAUCAGAUAUGGUAACCAUGCACUUACAUACCGGAUUGUUGAUAGAAUAUUUUCCCAGGUUCCAAGAAAGUUUACUAGUAAGGUUGAAGGGAAGAUGGGAUAUGAAGAUUUUGUCUACUUCAUCCUAUCAGAGGAGGAUAAGUCAUCUGAACCUAGUCUUGAGUACUGGUUCAAGUGCAUAGAUUUGGAUGGAAAUGGAGUUUUAACAUGCAAUGAAAUGCAAUUCUUUUAUGAAGAGCAGUUGCAUCGCAUGGAGUGCAUGGCCCAGGAGCCAGUGCUUUUUGAAGAUAUAUUGUGCCAGAUAAUUGACAUGAUUGGGCCAGAGAAUGAGAGCUAUAUCACACUUCGUGACCUGAAAGGUUGUAGACUUUCGGGAAGUGUUUUCAAUAUCCUUUUCAACCUUAAUAAGUUUAUGGCCUUUGAAACUCGUGAUCCAUUUCUGAUUCGUCAGGAACGUGAGAAUCCUACAUUGACAGAAUGGGAUCGCUUUGCGCAUAGAGAAUAUAUUAGGCUUUCAAUGGAGGAAGAUGUUGAAGAUGCCUCUAAUGGAAGUGCAGAAGUGUGGGAUGAAUCACUUGAGGCUCCAUUUUGAGGUUAAUUAGGUGCUUGCUCAAUGCUUCAAAUUCUUCUUCUAUGGAGGCCUGAGGCAACAUAACAGUAAACUCAAAGGAUUAUUCUUUCAGUGGGACAUGACGGCUCUGAACUUGUUAAAGGGAAGUCCAAGCUUGGUGGGGGUGAAAUGUACUUUUUCCAAUUUCCAGCAGAGAAUUAUUAAGCCUUACGUGUGCAUAUUGACAAGCAAUCAGAAAUGACAUAAUGGAAACCCCGUUCAUGAUGCUAAAGUUCCUGGAAAGGAAGGGCAGUUGCCCAGAGGUGAGAUUUUGAUUGUCCAGGUUGAAAUAGCUCAGGAGAGACAUUUAGUGCAUUUUUUAUUUAAUUUGUAAGAUAUAUUCUACGUGAAUGUCUUUCCCCCUUUUAAUUUACCAGUUGGUCCUUUUGAUACAUUUUGUCCGGACGUUAAUACAAGUUGGGUGCUGGCUAGGCUUUCUUAUCAAUUUUUUGGAUUUUGUCAAAUAUCUCUUACUACUAUUUUUGCACUAUCACUUGGUGUACAAAAAAAAAGUAGCACCAUAAAUUGUUUAAAGAAAUGUGUCGAUGGGGAAAUCUGUAAGCUCCCUCACCUGCUGCCUAUCUAUUUUCGGUUCUGUGAUGUGGUCUUUCAGAACACGCCUGUCUUCAGGGUUAUCUUUAUAUAUUGGAGAAGUUUGUUAUCUCUGGGUUUUGAAUCGUUUUCAUAAUUAUUGUAUUUUUGAAUUUGCUGGACCUUGAAAUAAGCUUGGAUUAUCGUUGUGCUA